AUGACCGCGUCUCAGCCCACGGACGACGGCCGCGGCAACGACACCGGCAACGGCAACGGGACUCCGCCAACCGAGACAACCGCUCCACCGCUCGCCGACUCGACUCCGUUUCCGAUCGCAUGCUUGUGUCUCAAUGUCGUUGUCGAAACGCGCGCACUCGACGACCUGGCGAAGCGGGCAGCCAAGGGGCCCACCGCCUUCACCCAAGGCAAACGCGAGCGGGUAUACCUCCCUCCCGGCGCCGAGUCAAUCAAACAUGCCCAGAUGGCGACGUUUAAGCGCACCACGCCCUUUGAUCGCCGCACGAGAGAGGCGACGGAGGAGGCCGCAGAGGUCAAGGCCGACGCUCCCGCGCCAGAGGCUUGGCGCAAGUGCUGGGUCUGCGGGGUGCGCUUGUAUCUCGCACACGACCGGGUACCGUCGGACGUCGCUCCGAGCAAUGUGUGGGUUGACGUUGAUUUGACUGAUGGUGUAUUGUAUGGCGAAGCGCUUGAGAAGAAGCAGGCCGAGACGCCACUUCCCUUCUCUGGCCUCGUGCUCGACAUCCCGAGCUCCAGCACGUUUGGGCGCCAACCCACCGCGGUCGACCCCGUAGGCGGAAUCAAAGACCAGACGCCUGUCCUCCCGCCCGUGCCCGACCCGUUCUUCCUUCCGCCACCGUUCAUCCCUCGUCAUCCUGUCCUGCGGGAAAUGUGCAAGCUCGCCGUGGAGCGGCUACACGAGAAGCAUAGCGAGAUCGACCGCGAUAUCCGCCAGUAUAUCGCGACACGGACUGGUGACAUGCGUGCCGUCCAGGCCCAGGUGCGCGCCGAGGUUGAGGCCCUGUGGGACCGGUACAGCGACGGCCCCGGGGCGGGCGACGAGACUACGCGCCGGCGUGGAAGCGGAAGCGCGGGAGCACGGGAGCGGUCAGCGUCCCCGGCUAUCCUGCGACAGAGCUUUGACGGCGGCGACCGGCGACCGUCGACGACGACCACGCGUCGGUCAACGAGCCGACCACGCGAGCGUACGCGCGAGCGCAUCCCCACAACCGAACUGGAUCGGCCGUCUGGUGUCGUGCCCUCACCACCGGUGCUCUUUACGGGCCAGCACAACGCGCACACAGCGCAAGCGGCCGCGUCGCUCCUGAGCGCAUCGUUGAGCGCUAACGCGUUUCAUGCGCCGACCCACAGGAUGCGCAAGGAGCCCGAUGUCGCCAACAUCGACGAAAUUGUCAAGGCGGCCAGUGCAGAGCCAGGACUCAGCAAGGAGGUAGCGAUGAGCUUCGCUUUCAGCGCGAUGGACGAGCACGCCGCUGCUAUGGGCCGCGGGCGGCGAGAGCGCAGUAGGACACUCGAACGCGCCCUCGAGACCGCUGAGGUGGAGCAGGAAGACGCGGAGAAGGGCGUCGACAGCUGGAUCAGCCUGGAGCGGGCAGACGCAGCGCGCCGCGCCAAGCGGGAUACGGCGGGCAUGGCUGUGCCCACGACGGUCAAGGAGGCCGAGGCCGAGGUGCUCGAGCGGGAGCAUGAGGACGAUGAGGAGAAGAAGGAGACGGCCAACGGCGCGACGAAGGAGCGCAAGGCGCGUGUGCAGUUUGCCGAGCCGCCGAAGGAGGAGCUGCGGCACGACCAGAACAGCGGGCGGGGAAGGGAUGACGACGACGACAAUGGGGCCGUCUUCGAGUUUGACACGGACGCGCCGGCCGAGCCCGUGGUGUUGCCGCCAAAGGACGCGAACGAGCGUCGCAUGCGCAACGUUGUUGAGGAGAACCUCUCGCGCACCUUGGCGGCUGACGCUCCGUCGCACCGCGCUGCGUGGCGUCGUCUUCAGUCGCGGGAGGGCAUGUCGUCUGUCCUGAGGCGGCACCAGGCCACUGACGACGAGGACGACGAGGAAGGCCCGCCCGUCGAGAGUCUCGCGCGUAGCAUGCCCGUCACGAUCGUCAUGCCGAAACGCGACGGUCCAGUACAGUUCAAGACGUCUUUAACCGACCGGGGAGGCGUGGUGGUCCCGAACCUGCUGCAUGCGAUGCGGCGAGGAUCCGCUCAGACGUCUUCUGGAGAGGCGACGCCCCCGGUGGGUCUGCGCGCUCCGCGUAACUCUAUUGCGAUUGUGGGCAGCAUGCGGGGUGGCCGCCGGGGAAGCCGGAGUGGGGAACGCGAUCGCGAGGCUGUCAAGACGUAUGGCGCCGACCCGGGAGCGGUGUUUGAGGCGCUGGCCGAGGUUGCAGUGGACAGCGAUGACGAGGACAGCGACCAGUUUGUGCCGCCGCAUGUGCUCGCGGCGCGGCGUGAUGAGCGGCCCGGGCCAGGGUGGCGGAGCCUGGCGACGUCGUAG